AUGGAAGCAGCUACUGUUUAUAGGUUUCAGUAUUCAUCAUCAUGUAUUGAUUGGAGAAAUUUCGAAUCGAAGCCUCUUGGUUCUAUUCGGUAUACACAGAAAGUUAAGGAAGACAAAAGGCUUAGAGCUCUUGCUUUAGCUCAUUUGCAACCUGAGAAAAGAAGGGAUCAUCGACAAAGAUCAGUUCCUGAUAAGAACUCCUCAGCAUUGUUGGAAUCCGAAAGUCUUCUUCAUUCUCAAUUUGAUGAAGAACUGGUUUUGAAGAGAAAAGCUGAAGAGGUUAUACCGUUUUUAAAUGGACGGUCAAUGUAUCUCGUUGGAAUGAUGGGUUCAGGGAAGACGACAGUGGGAAAGAUAAUGGCAAGAGCACUUGGUUAUACAUUCUUUGAUUGUGACACAUUGAUCGAGCAGGCGAUGAAUGGAACGUCUGUAGCUGAGAUAUUUGAGCAUUUCGGUGAGAGUGUCUUCAGAGAAAAAGAGACCGAGGCUCUAAAGAAGCUCUCUUUGACGUACCAUCAAGUUGUUGUGUCAACCGGGGGAGGCGCAGUUAUAAGACCCAUCAAUUGGAAGUAUAUGCAUAAAGGUAUUAGCAUUUGGCUUGAUGUUCCUCUAGAAGCCUUAGCGCAUAGAAUCGCUGCUGUAGGAACUAGUUCAAGACCAUUGUUACAUGAUGAUGAGUCAGGAGACGCAUACACAGUGGCUUUAAACCGUCUUAAAACAAUUUGGGAAGUACGUGGUGAAUCAUACACUAACGCCAGCGCGAGAGUCUCCUUAGAGAAUAUUACAUCAAAGCUCGGGUAUAGAAGCGUCUCUGAUCUUACACCAACUGAAAUCGCCAUUGAGGCCUUUGAGCAAGUUCAGAGCUUUCUAAACAAAGAAGACGGUAUGGCUAGACCGGAUGGUCUCUAG